AUGGGAACCGAAGAUGUCAGACCAAGCAAAUUGCAAGAUCCGGGACCAGAACAGCAUGCGAACGUAGUAGAUCAGUACAGGAAGCCUUUGCCCUACCUACUGGAAGAUUCCAGAGAGGCAAGACAACAAUAUCUACAUGCAGGGGUUCCCCUAUACAGAGCUGCAUUGAGGGGUGACUGGACAGCCGCUCAAACAAUCAUCAUGGAAGACAAGAAAAUAUUACAUGCGGCUAUUACAAUAGCAGGAGAAACUGUUCUUCACGUGGCCGCAGGAGCGAAAGAUGUUCAUUUUGUGAAGCAAUUGUUGGAUUUGAUGGACGAAGCAGAGGUGGAAUUGCAAGAUUGCAAUGGGAACACCGCCUUUUGCUUAGCUGUUGUAUCUGGAAGUUUAGCCUUGAAAAUGCUUGACGACAACAGUGCACUGGCCAUCGCGCGUGACGUAAAUGGUGAGACAGCGCUGCAUGUCUUAGCUCGAAAGCCAUUGGCAUUUUUUAAGCGAAAUACAAGCUUAUGCAAGAGCUACUUUAACAGAAGUUUGACAUCCUCAUACCAUACAAAUUCUGUAGAGAGCGAUGCCCUUAAACUUACGAGAGGCAUAUGGAAAGAAAUUUUGGUUUCUUUACCUGACUUGGAGGUAAAGCAACUUAUUGACAAACCAUCAAGAUUUUUAUUUGAAGCGGCCGAAUUAGGGAACUUUCAAUUUUUGGCGGAGCUUAUUCACUCUUACCCUGAUCUGGUAUGGGAAGUGGAUGAGAAAAACCAAACCAUCUUCCAUGUUGCAGUGUUAAAUCGUCAUGCAAACAUCUUCAAUCUAAUACAUGAGACUGGCUUCGUCAAAGAAGUCAUAUUAACCUACGAAGACGGUGAGAAUAACAAUAUUUUACACCUCGCUGCGACAUUACCGCCUAAACAUAGAUUGAACCCUGAGGUUGGAGGAAUAUUGCAAUUACAACAGGAGUUAUUAUGGUUUGAGGCUGUGAAGAAGAUCAUGCUACCAUCUUACGCAGAAAAGAAAAAUUCUAAUGGCUUAACCCCUCAAGAUUUAUUCACUUUAGAACAUGCCACAAUGCUUAAAGAUGGAGAGAAUUGGAUGAAAAGUACAGCUACAUCAUGCAUGUUGGUUUCCCUGCUUCUUACCACUCUAGUUAUUACAGCGGCCUUCCAUGCUAUAAACAAUAUUAAAGAAAGAACUCCGUUUUCAUCGGACGUUCUCAACGUAUCCGAAUCAGUAGCAUUAGUUUCAUCUUCAGUCUCAACCCUAGUGUUCUUCUCCAUUCUCACAUCAAAUUACGGAAAAAAGGAUUUCCUUUGUUUGCUACCCUUGAAGCUAAUAGUCGGAGUUGCUACACUUUUCGUCUCUAUGUCAAGCAUGAUGGCAGCAUUCAUUGGAAGGUUCUCCGUGUCUCUUCCUCGUGAUGGACUAAAGUGGGUUCCUACUCUGACUUUUAUGGGUAUAUCUAUUCCAGUUGCUUUAGUUAUUCUCGUACAACUGUACCAACUUCUAUGGAAAUUGUGGGAUUCUACAUUUGUCUCCAGACCUUUGUCAGGGAAAGGCAAGAAUCAUGUGCUUCAUAAGUAA